UAAUUUUAUUAUUUCACAUUAAUAAGUGACUUGCUCUUUGCUGUUAGACUGCUAUAUUUUAACUUCAUUUCCCUAAAGUGAUUGGCCAGCAGUAACCUCUGAAAAUGUAGAACACACUAGAAUAAAUCAUGUAGAAGUUCUCCAUUCUCUAGAGCAUGAUUCCUCAGUGAAUUUAUUUUUGAACAAGCAGCCUUGGGGACAAACUGUUUUGACAGCUUGGUGAAGUGAUUCGUUAUUCAUUGUUGAUUAAAUGCCCAAUCCUAUCCUUCUUUACCUGGGAGAAGAUUUCUCCUUAAGUAUUAAUGCUAUAAUCAAGAUGUAAAAUGAAGGCUAUUAUUUUGCUAAACAUGAACCAUAUUAAAAUAAUCAUAUGAAUACUUCAAUAGUAUUUAAAGUAAACUCAUUUCUUUGAUUACCUAGCUCUCUGCAUUAUUGAUUAAAUAUGCUUUAGAAGUCAAUUAAUUUGGUCAGUUAAACAUAAUAAUUAGGUCAAAAUUCAAUUCUUGAUACAUAUUCUCAAUGACAGUUUUCAAAUUUGGUCAUCAAUCUAUCAUAUCAACUCCAUCUUCUUAAAACUAAUUUUGGUUAAUUCCAUAAUCCAAGCUGUAAAAUCUUUGUGAAAGUUGAAGAUGACAGUCCUACUUUGUGUGAGCAAAGGGAGAUAUAUCUGGAUGUGAGCUGCAUUUCCAGCUGCAAUGAUCAGGUGAACCUGCUCUGUUCUCUGCAGUCACACUUGGGUUGAUGUGGUGGUAACCCUGACUUAUCUGCAUCAAACUAAACUUCAUCUUCCAGAACUAAAGACGGAAUUGCAGAAGUCUGGAUUUGCAACAAGGAACAGAAGAGGAAAUAGACAAUCCAGCCUCUGAUCCACACGUCCUGAAGAACACAUGGGCCAUAAGAACAAUGUGACUGAGUUUAUUCUCCUGGGGCUCACCCAAAACCCUGAGGGGCAAAAAGUUCUGUUUGUUGCAUUCUUAUUCAUCUACAUUGUGACAAUAGUGGGCAAUCUGCUCAUCAUGGUGACCAUCGUGGCCAGCCAGUCCCUGGGUUCUCCAAUGUACUUUUUUCUGGCUUACUUAUCGUUUAUAGAUACUGUCUAUUCUACUGCCAUUGCUCCAAAAAUGAUGGUAGACUUGCUCCAUGCAAAAAAGACUAUUUCCUUCCAGGCUUGUAUGACUCAAGUCUUUAUAGAUCAUUUCUUUGCUGGUGCUGAAGUCAUUCUUCUGGUGGUGAUGGCCUAUGACCGAUAUGUAGCCAUAUGUAAACCUCUUCACUAUCUGAUCAUUAUGAAUCGGCGGGUCUGCGUGCUCAUGCUGCUGGUGGCCUGGACUGGAGGCUUUCUGCACUCAUUGGUUCAAUUUCUUAUUAUUUAUCAGCUCCCUUUCUGUGGCCCCAAUGUCAUCGACAACUUUGUGUGUGAUAUGUAUCCCUUAUUGAAACUUGCGUGCACGAAUACCUACCUCAUAGGACUGUCUAUGAUAGCAAAUGGUGGGGCAAUCUGCACUGUCACCUUCUUCAUUCUUCUAGUUUCCUAUGGGGUCAUACUGUACUCCCUUAAGACACAUGGUUUGGAAGGGAAACGCAAAGCCUUCUACACCUGUGCAUCCCAUAUGACCGUGGUCAUUUUAUUUUUUGUCCCUUGUAUUUUCCUGUAUGCAAGGCCCAGUUCCACCUUUCCCAUUGAUAAAUCCAUGACUGUGGUUUUAACUUUCAUAACUCCUAUGUUGAACCCCUUAAUCUACACCCUGAGAAAUGCAGAAAUGAAAAAUGCCAUGAGGAAACUGUGGAAUAACUGUGUGGCCAUAGUUAGAAGGGGGCUGUAUCCCUCACGCAGAACAUGAUUUUUCUUUCACAGAAUCAAGGAAUACUUCGACUAUCAGUGGUAACAUUUAAAAAAUCAUUUCCUUUGAGUUACUCAGCUUAAUUAUUCAGAAACAGCCAUAUAUAUUAAUCUUUAUCUAAGUGGAAUAUGUUAUAGCCCUUAGAGAGCAAGAGAAUUGCACAGGUUUAAUCCCUUAUGUAGAUAAUCACACUGUGUUAAGAUUCUUUAGUGAACAUUUUUUUUUUUUAAAUUUCAGAUUCUUGUUUGUGAAGUAUGGUACUUCCAUGCUAUAUAGAAAUGUGAUCUUUUAAAACUUGGUCACCUUAGGGGAGUAAAAUUAGAAAAUAAAAAUUCAAAUUGUUAGAAAAUUGCUAAUCUAACAGUAAAAAUAAACGCCUUGGUCAAUUUAAUUACUAUGAAAUUUCACAGCAUGCUAACUGAAAUGUCAGACAGAAAAAGACAAGAACCAUAUGAUUUAACUCACAUGUG